UGCUCUAAAAUGAGGCUGUUAAUCUGGUUUAUAAUAGUGAAUGUGGCUUUUAAGGCGAGUGCCAAGUCAGGAAAAGGGACAAAGCCUUCUGAUGAUCCAUUACAAGCUUAUAAUGAGGUCGUGCGGAGUCUGAUAAGGAACUGGGAGGCCCCCGUUGCCUACCUUAGAGACCGAGGAUUUCUGCCCAGCAACUUUGAAGAUACUUCAAAAAUCAAGCCCAAUCUGGACGCACUGAUGCAGCGUAUAGAGAGGGAUAAAAGGGAUCAGUCAAAACCCAAAGAUGCCAUAGUGAAUAUAAAACCCAAGGAAGUACAAGAAAUAAAAAAGGCCACCAAUACAAGAAUUCAACGAGGCUUUUUGUCACCCAACUUGGAGCAGGCGGAAGCCAAAAUCACCAAGGUGUCGAAGUCGAAGUCCAAGCUGAAUGAACAAGAGCAACAACUGUUGGCCAUGAAGCGGCGGUUGGAACAGUUGCAACAAGAAUCUACCAGACAGGAUCAACCAGAAUAUCAUAGCCAGGUCCAACUAACUCCAAAGGCUAAGGAACCAGUGAAGUCAGCUCAAUCCUACGAUGAAAUUUUGCAACGAAUGAUUGAGAAGACGAGUCCGCACUUCAAACAUCACUCCAAUAUGCGCCUGGCAGCGCUUGAAACUCGAACUGCAUCAGAACCAUCAGUAAACCAAAAAUCUGCAGAUACGCCACAGGCUUCUAAGAAGGAAAACACUGCUGAUUUAGGGUCCAUCAAUUUUCGUAUGUAUAGUGCUCAAAGUAAUUUAUUUGAUAAAACAAUCAGUGAUAUGCCUAAAUCUAGUCGAGCGGAGAAACAGAAAAACAAAGAGGCAUCUAACUUGGAUCUAGAACUGGUGGCUCCCAGGUAUCUGAAUUGGGACAUGAAAAAAGGGCAACUUGACCACUAUUCAAGAAACGAGAAGGAGGCCUAUUUGAAUCAGUUGGUUAGAAUGUUCGGUCGAAAUCUGGACUUGAAGGAGACCAAUAAAAAAUGGAAGAUGAGCAGUUUUCCUAGAAGCACAGCUCCCCUUCCCGAAGGCACACAUUCUUUAUCUUGA